UAUGUCCAGUAUCAGAAAGCAUCUAUAAAUAUUGCAUGCAAGAAUGAACUAAUGCAACACAAAACUAACAACAAAUUGUAGUAGAUUAUUUCUUUCGAUAAGAAAUGGCUUAUAUUAGAUUUGCUCACUUGGUUGUUUUCUUGCUUGCCGCAUUCUCAUUGGUUCCGACGAAGAAGGUUGGAGCAACAGAUUGUUCGGGUGCUUGUUCACCAUUUGAGAUGCCACCAUGUCGUUCUAGCGAUUGUCGUUGCAUCCCUAUUGGACUAGUUGCAGGUUAUUGUACAUAUCCAUCAUCUCCAACUGUUAUGAAGAUGGUUGAGGAACAUCCUAACUUAUGUCAGUCUCACGCUGAUUGCACGAAGAAGGAAAGUGGAAGCUUUUGUGCCCGUUAUCCUAAUCCUGAUAUCGAACAUGGAUGGUGUUUUUCCUCUAACUUUGAAGCAUACGAUGUAUUCUUCAAUGUUUCCUCUAACCGUGGACUCAUAAAAGAUUUCUUGCCAAUGUUUACUCUAACUCUGGACUCAUAAAAGAUCUAUUCCAUGACAUGAUGCAUCUAAUACUUUAAAUAAAAAUCUUCCUUUAGAUUUCUUAGAUAUCUGGUAGGAUUAUAAUAAAUGUUUGCUUUGCGAGCCAUUUGGUGAUUAUUCUUCUAGAAUGCCUUAAUAUAUGAUAUUGAUAAAAGUUUCUUCUAUAUAAUAUGCUCUAUUUUUGUU